GACUGCAGGGCUGGGGUGUCAGGGCUGUCCUUCUCACCGUCGCGGUGUUUCCUGACCCCGCUUCCUUACCUGUAUGGACCUGGGAGGAAGAUGUAUGUGUUUGUAAAGACGGGGCUGUGCGUGUUUCCCCCCACACCUCCUGUGUGUGUAUCAGUGUUCCUCAUUCCCCCUCAAUUACGUGGCCCAGCCCUCUCUCCAUGUCUCCGUGACAGCAAAACGGGGAAUGGCUUUAAACUGAAAAAGGACUACAUUUAGAUUAAAUAUUAAGAAGAAAUUCUUUACUGUGAGGGUGGUGAGGCACUGGCACAGGCUCCCCAGAGAAACUGUGGUUCCUUUAUCCCUGGAAAUGUGCCAGGCAGGAUGGGGUUCUAAGCAAUCUGCUCUGGUGGGAGGUGUCCCUGCCCCAUGGCAGGGGAGCUGGAACAAGGUGGUCUUUAAAGGCUCUUCCACCCCAAACCGUUCUGUGAUUCCUCGAAUCUAUGAUUCUGUGAUUACAUGCCCAAUGUUGGCUAUUUUUGGCAGGUGUGCAGCAGGAUUGUCCAAGCCAUGAUCGAAGUGUUGGCCAAGCUGGGCCGCGGGCCUGUGUUCCUGGCAGGGGAGGUGCUGGAGUGUGUGAUCACCUUCACCAACCCAUUAUCGGCCUCAUCGACCUCUGCUAGCAGUGAGAUGCUGGCAUGGGCCAGCGCCCAGAUCCAUUGCCAGUUUCAUGCCAGCGAGAACCGGGUGGCACUCCCUCCCUCUGAUGGCAGCAAGCAUGAUGUGCAGGCAGAGAAUGAGACCGUCUUUGUCCCCAACAGAGGAGAGCGGGGUCAGUGUAUCCUGUCCACCCCACCAAAGAUCCUCUUCUGUGACUUGCGACUGGAUCCUGGGGAGUCGAAGUCCUAUUCGUACUGCGAGACACUGCCUGUUGAUGGCCCCCCCUCUUUCCGGGGACAGUCCGUGAAGUAUGUGUACAAGCUGACCAUUGGCUGCCAGCGUGUCAACUCGCCCAUAAAGCUCCUGCGCGUGCCCUUCCGUGUCCUUGUGCUGCAUGGGCUCAAGGAUUACCAGUUCCCACAGGAUGAGGCUGUUGCACCCUCAAACCCCUUCCUGGAGGAGGAGGAGGGCUUGAAGAAAGACUCUCGCCUGGCAGACGUAGCAACAGAACUGCUCAUGGUGGCCACCUCCCGACGCAGCCUGCACCUGUAUAACAUCAGCAACACUCGUGGGAAGGUGGGCACGUUCUGCAUCUUUAAGACUGUGUAUAAGAUUGGAGAGGAUGUCAUUGGCACCUUCAGCUUCUCAGAAGGAGAUAUCCCAUGUCUGCAGUUCUCAGUGAGCCUGCAGACAGAGGAGAGCAUCCAGGAGGAAUUCCAGCGCCGGCGGGGGCAGCCUGUCUCCUUCACCGUGCAUGCCCGCCAUCAGGAGUCCUGCCUGCACACGGCACAGAGCAGCUUCAGCCUACCCAUCCCACUCAGCUCAACCCCAGGAUUCACCACCAACAUCGUGUCCCUGAAGUGGAGGCUGCACUUUGAGUUUGUGACUUCUGGGGAGUCAGCGGGGACUUGCUUGGUUCGUGGGAGCCAAUCGGAGGCUGUCACCUGGACUGGGGUGGAGCAGAUGGAAGUGGACACCUUCAGCUGGGACUUGCCCAUCAAAGUUCUUCCCACCAACCCCAUCCUGGCUUCCUAUGUAUCUCAGUUCUCCAGCACUAACUCCAUCACUAUCUAAUGUAGGGAGAGGUUGUUGGCUUGCAGAGCUGCAAGCGUGUGCCACCAGUGGGAAUGGCAGACAGGACUGUCACCUCUGUGCUGUGAUGCUCACAUCCCAGUGUCCCCUUGGAUUUAUCUGUGAUGCACCGGUGGGCACCAGGCAUGUCUGUCCUGUCCAUGGGUGGAAAAAGACUGCUUGAUGCAGUGUCUUGGGCUGCAGCCCCCAGCUGGAGCUGGACCCUUCCUGCCUGGGUGAAGGUGCAAGUCCCAGCACUCAGCAAAAAGGAAUCUGCCUUCCCAGGGAACGGCUGAUGUGCCUUUAUCUCAUGUGGGACUUCCAAGAAGGAAGGGCCCAGCGCAGGGAGGGGAGAGGGGAGCUCUUCCAGUGCUCCAGGGGAGCUCUUUGUAUGACCCUUGGGUGAAGACUGUGCCCUUACAGAGACCCUACAAGCAGAGGUCUGGUAUCCAGGUGAAACACAGUAGCCACCCGGGCUGGGUGAGACAGUGCUCUCCUGCCUUGGCAUGUGUCCUGCCUUUUGGAGAGCUGUCCUACACAUACAGUCCAGUGCCACAGCCACCCCUGCCUGGAGGAGGCAGGUCAUGGCAGGCCAGCCCUGUGCUGGUGAGCAGGAUGCAGGCCCGUGCUGUGUCAGUACCAUCGCGAUGGUCCAACACUGAACAGCACUGAGUCCCUGGGCUGUUGUCUGCCUGGGUUCCUGGUGUGAAAGCAUCCUGCUGGUCUUUGGAUCAUUGAGUGUAUAAGGAAUGCAUGCAUCCAAGAGCAUCUCCCUGCUCAACAGCCAGCUCCCCAUUUUACUGAACUUUCCAAUGAUCUUUUCUUUUUGCGUGGAAAUGUAAUAAACAUCUGAAUGUGCAAAA